AACACGACAUAACGUGCACCAAAAGUGCAUAAGCUACCUACUUAAUUAAGUUUUCCUUUCCUGCCAUGGAAAGGCAAUGAAUCUUCCACCCACUAAACCGCUUUAACAACCUUUGAAGGGAGGUGUGUUUGGUUACAUAUCAUGCAUAACAUUUUUCUCUAUUACAUUUAAUCGGUUUUAUCUGUUUCAUUCUAAUUCAAAAUUCAAAAAAAAAAAAAUCAUCAAAAAAUUAAAAUAAUCAUGCUCUUCAAAAUGAUGUACAAUUGGAUAUAUUUUUGUACUGAAAAAUGAGCAAUGUUUUACAACUCCAUAUCAUGUGCUAAAGUUUGAUAGUACAUAAGAUCACACAAUGGUGAUAUGGAAGAGCAUCAUCGUGGUAUAAUUAUAUCAUAGUGUAAAAUGAUUAUAUACAUGAUAGUAGAAAUAUACUACUAAUCAUGUACAACCUUUCACCAUCCUCUACCACCAUUUACCAUCCCAUUCUAGGGUUGUAUAUUUGGUUCAUAAUUUUUGUCCGAAAUCGUAGAUCACAAAUGAUAAAAAAAAUUAUUUUCUCGAAAUAUAUAUAAACAAUGAAAUAUAAUUUUGUAGAUCACAAUAAACACGUUUCAUAUGAGAAAAAGAAAAUUAAAUUCAGAUGAAAACAAAGAAGAUAGAAGUUAAAUAAUAAAACAAAAAAUAUCAUAUUUAUUUAUUUAUUUCUACACUUAGAGUUGAUCCCACUAAAAAAAAAAAAAAGUGAUGUCAUAAUAACACGAAUGAAUAACUUAUGCAUCCUACCCUAAAGCCCGCAUCGCCAACCUAAUUAACCAUUAAAACUUAAGUAAUGAGAUUCGAUGGAUCUGAUACGAAACAUUAUUUGUAAGUAGUAAAGCAAUGCACAUUUCCACCUCCCUGCUUGAUCGACGUUAGUCAAACAUUAAGCUACAUAACUCUAACAUACACUCCCGCACGUUGUCACCCUUUCUUAACAACUUUGAUCAACUAGUCUAUCACAUUUCCAAAGGCACCAAGGGGAGUGAAUUAUUUUAGUAUAUUUUUAUGUCUGCCAGCUAACAAAAUCCAUCGUGAACUCUUCUUCUUGCUUUCCCCUGUUUUCUGGGAAGGCCUCCUUAUGGUGGAAUGGUUGACCUUAUUAUUUUAUAACUUGACACAUCCAGUGGUGGAGUGUUAUUGACACAAUCCUGUUAAUAUUCGGGCAUGGCAUAUGAUAAAGAAAUAUAAAUAUAUAUAUAUAUAUGAUAGCGUCUUCGGUUACUAUCAUAUGCUAAAAAAAUUGACCGGUUAGAUCGGUCGGAACUCAUCUAAGUACAGUUACUACCAUAUAUAUAUAUAAACAAAUGUGUGCAAAUGAAGGCAACAAAGCCGGCAUAGAGGAGCUAGCUGGCAGCAGCGUGAAUUGAUUGAUGUCAACUCUAAUUAGUUAAGCCCUAGCUCUCUAUAAAUACUGAUCGAUCCCUCGAGUGUCUUCAUAUAUUCUCCACUACACAGCUAAAUUAAACCUCCACUUGCUCCUACUUGACUUGCAAAACCAGCUAGCUAGCUAGCUAUACCAAACGCGUUUCUGUUUGUUUGUAAUAUGGCUGGUGCGUCAGGUUUGAGAUCCAUGAAAUCGGCAUUGAUGAUGAUAUUGGCGUGUGUCCUUGCGGCAGCGGGAACAAGCAGCGUGGCGGCCUUGUUCAGCAUAAACUUGAGCUUGACUUUGGAUUUCUACGCCUCGACGUGCCCGGGCGCCGCUGCCAAGAUUAAAGAGAUGGUGGACGAGGCAGUGCAGACCGAGACUCGAAUGGGCGCAUCUCUCCUCCGCCUUCACUUCCACGACUGUUUCGGGUGUGAUGCUUCCGUGUUGUUGGAUGACGUGCUUCCGAGUUUCGUCGGAGAAAAGACGGCGCCUCCCAACGACAACUCGUUGAGGGGUUUUGAAGUGAUCGACAACAUCAAAACCGAAGUAGAGAAACUGUGUCCUGGAAAGGUCUCCUGUGCGGAUAUCUUGACGGUGGCUGCCAGAGACGCCGUUGUCGCUCUGGGAGGGCCAAGUUGGCAAGUUCCAUUGGGAAGGAAAGACUCCACCACCGCCAACUUCACAGACGCCCUCGCAAGCCUGCCGUCGCCAUUUCUAGACUUGAGCCAACUUGUCACGGCCUUCGCAGAUAAAGGCUUCUCCACUCAAGAAAUGAUCACCCUCUCAGGAGGUCAUACGGUGGGGAAAGCUCGAUGCGGCCUAUUCCGGCAGCGUGCUCACAGCGAAGGCAACAUCGACCCGGCCUACGCGGCUUUCCUGCAGUCCAUCUGCCCGGGAACCGACGGAGUCGGAGACGACAAUCUGGCGCCGCUCGACAACUCCACCACCACCGACACCUUCGACAGAGGCUACUAUCUGAGCCUGGUGGGCAAGAAAGGGCUGUUGCACUCCGACCAGGCUCUGCUUCCUAAUGGAGGCUCCUCCAGCACCCAGAUUAACACCUACAACAGCUUCUUGCUUGGUUCCGUUUCUUUCUUCACCGACUUCUCCAACGCCAUGGUCAAGAUGGGAAAACUCACUGGCCCGGCUGGCAACGUUGGUCAGAUCAGGACUGACUGCAGAAGAGUCAACUAAUGGCAAAAACCACCAUAUUGCUAUUAUUGUUUUCAUGCCAUGCCCGUGCGUGUGUACCAUUAAAUUAAAUGAAAAAAUGUAAAAUAAUUUGUGUCGUCCUUGUUUACUUUUGUUCCCAAUAUAUAUGAUUCACUCGCCCAAGGGGUUUCCUUAAUUAUGAUUUUGGACUUUUGGUAAAAUAUGCUCAAAAUUGAAUUAAUUCUAUAUUUAUCUACAAAAAUCGGUACAUAAAUACAAUUGAAAAAACAAGUCGAAGGAAGCAAGUGAUUGGAGAUAUCCGACAACUAAGGCUCCGUUUUAGUAUUGUUGCAUGUUUUUAUUUUUUGUUGUGUUUUUAAAGAUUGGAGAAACCAAGAAAAGAAAACAUGUUUAGUUGGAUUUUUAUUUUUUGUUAUGAAUCAGAUUUACACAACAGGGUCCAAAUUAGAGAAACAACAGUUUAUUGCUUUGGGCGCUGAUUUCAUUAAAUUCGUCCCCGCCACCCCGUUCGAAUCCCAUCUCAGUGUUUUUUAAUUUUUUCACCCGCAAACCCUACUCUGCCUCCCGCUGCACACAGCUAUCUUCUUCCUCCUCUCCGCACCAGCUCUAGGAACGACCUUCUUCUCGUUGCCGUUCGCAUCCAGGUUGUCGCGCGCACGCCCCUGCCUCACGUUCCGCCGUCUUUCUCGUCGCCUCCUCGCGCCAGCACCGCCUCGCGUGCCGCAACUUUGUCACACCAUUCCAUCGUCGUCCAGCUCGCCGCCGCUAACCUUUGCGUCCAGGUCGUCCCUCUCGGCUCUCGCUCCUACGCUGACCAGUUAUUGUUUCAAUUUUUCCACGAGUUUGUUAAUUAAUUGCAUAAUUUGUUUAGAUUUUUCAAUUCUUAGUCAAGCACCUGUCCAAUAAUGGUUGAAUCCUUCCACUACAGAAAGUUUUAAGUAGCCUGCUUGAGUGUUUUUAUGACGAUCACUCUCCUUCGUGAAGGUCUUAUGUGAGUAUCCUGAGAUGAUAUUGACCAGUGAGGAGCUUAAAGCUUCAUUGGGAAAAACCUACUCUGAACUGGUCAAAGGUCGGAUGAUGGUAUGCUUCUGCACCGCGUUUCCUUUGCUUGUCUUUGUUGUUUGGACUUAGGCUGGGCGAGGCCAUGAUAACCAUGGAUGUCCUUGUAAAGAUGACAAUGAAAAUGUUAAUGGAACCAUGAUAACUCCAUCAUGCAUUGUGAGUUAUAGAAGGUAGAAGUAACUAAACGUGUUUUUGUUUCUUGUUGUCAGCUUCUAUUAUUUCUCAAAUUUACCAGCUAAACAGGUUUGUGUUGUGUGUUUUUUUUCUGUUGUGGUUGUACAUCUGUUUGCACAACAUCAGUGCAACCACAACAACAACAAAAUAAUACUAAACGGGGCCUAAUGUC